GCCGUAUGCGGAAACGAUUUUCCGACUGAAUGUAGGCUGCGGGCAGAUUUAAGUGCCCCGGCUCCCAGGUUUGUGGUAGGUUGUCAUACUCUUCAAUUGAGCAAUUGUAUCGCCCUUUGGCCACCCCAAGAUGCAUACUUCUUUCACCGCAGCUGGAGCCGCGGCUCUGCUCGCCAGCACAGCCCAUGCCCAGCUCUACCCUGGCCAGAGCAACCUCAACCACACCUGCCAGCUCCAAUCGCCGCUGCUGUCCUGCCCAUCCCAAAACGCUUCAGACGUCGACUCGUGCUGCGUCGAGACCUUCGGCGGCCUCGUCCUCACCACCCAGUUCUGGAGCACCUACACCGGCGGCGAAGCCCAGGGCCAGUACCUCCCCAAGGAUACUUUCUCGCUGCAUGGUCUGUGGCCCGACUUUUGUAAUGGAUCGUACACGCAAUACUGCGACCUCACACGGCAAUACGACCCCAUCCCGUCGCCCAACACCACCAACGGGCUGAAAAACGGCACCGCGGUGCCCGCCUACACCGGCCCCAACAUCGGCACCUUCCUGGAGCCCUUCGGCCGCUACGACCUGCUCGACUACAUGAACACAUACUGGAUCGCGCAGAACCAGGACAACCCAGGCUUCUGGGCUCACGAGUUCAGCAAGCACGCCACCUGCUUCAGCACCUUCAACGUGCCCUGCUACGGCCCGCUGUACCGCAAACACGAGGAAGUCGUCGACUUCUUCGAGACCGCGAUCAAGUUCUACCAGCGCUUCCCGACCUACAAGUGGCUCAAGGCGCGCGACAUCGUGCCGUCCAACAGCACACGCUACUCGUACACGGACUUCAAGUCCGCGCUGACCAAGAAGCACGGCAAGGUCCCGUUCAUCGGGUGCUCCGGGCCAAGGUACAAUGCCACCGAGGCCGGCAAGGGGUCCUUGGACAACGGCUACACCGUGCUGAGCGAGAUCUGGUACUACGAGCAUGUGUACGGCAGGCCGCAGGAGGGCAAGGCGGUCGCGGUCGAUGCGAGUGCGUCGUAUCAGACGAACUGCGCGAAGACCAAGGGCGCGGUGCUGUAUCCGCUGAGGUCGAAGGGGUCGGAGAAGGUGCCUGGGGUGCCGUACAAGGGUUAAAAAGGAGAUGUCGUACAGGGCUAGAAAAGAGAUGUGUGUAGAGAGAUAGGAGUAGUUUUUAUAAUGUAGAAAGAGCUAUACCAAUCCACCAUCGUCAGUCCCCACACAAGCCCUGAAAAACCCCGUGACUCGCUUUCCACGCACACAGCACCACACAAAGCCCGCACAUCCUCUCUUAUUCGUUUCAUUUCAUUUCGAUUCAUUUCGAUUCAUAUCGAUUCAUCCAUCCCUUCAUCACCCACCCACAUUCC